CGCUCCACAAUCUCUGCUCAGAAACCCUUUUGGAGGUGAGUUAGAUCUCUGCAUUUUUCAUCUAAACCUUUAAUAUUCCUUAUCAUUUUCUUUUUCUGUAAAUGUUCUUGUUUAUAAGACUGAAUCUUGAAUCUUGUGUAAAACCCCACUUGAAAACUUGAUCUUGCCAUUUUACCUACAGAUCUGAUCAAGAAACAACUAAAAAUGAGAUCUUUAGACAAAUUCAAGAUUUGUGUUUUGUUAAUCUGCUUGGUAUUUGAAUUGGGUCAUGGGUUUUAUCUGCCUGGUAGUUACCCUCACAAAUAUGGGGUUGGUGAUUUCUUGAAUGUUAAAGUCAAUUCAUUGACCUCAAUUGACACUGAGUUGCCUUAUAGUUACUAUAGCUUGCCUUUUUGUAAACCAUUAGAGGGUAUUAAAGAUAGUGCUGAGAAUCUUGGUGAGCUUCUUAUGGGUGAUAGGAUUGAGAAUUCUCCUUAUAGGUUUAAGAUGUAUACGAAUGAGACCGAGAUUUUCUUGUGUCAAACUAAACCUUUGUCUGGUGAGGAGUUUAAGCUUUUAAAGAAGAGGAUUGAUGAGAUGUAUCAAGUGAAUUUGAUUCUUGAUAAUUUGCCUGCUAUUCGUUAUACGAGGAAGGAAGGUUAUUUCUUGAGGUGGACGGGUUAUCCUGUUGGGAUUAAGAUUCAAGAUACAUAUUAUGUGUUUAAUCACUUGAAGUUUACUGUUCUUGUUCAUAAGUAUGAGGAGACCAAUGUGGCUCGGGUGAUGGGUACUGGGGAUGCAGCUGAGGUGAUCUCGACGAUUGGAAAUGGUGGAUCGGAGGCACCUGGUUACGAAGUUGUUGGGUUUGAGGUUGUUCCUUGUAGUGUCCAGCAUACCCCUGAUUCAGCCAAGAACUUGAAACUGUACAAUAAGUACCCGACUCCAAUUAAGUGCGAUCCUACAACAGUCGCCAUGGCUAUUAAAGAAAAUGAGCCUGUGUCUUUUACUUAUGAGGUGAACUUUGUGGAAAGUGAUAUCAAGUGGCCGUCAAGAUGGGAUGCUUAUUUGAAGAUGGAAGGUGCAAAGGUGCACUGGUUCUCUAUCCUUAACUCACUUAUGGUGAUCACUUUCUUGGCUGGAAUCGUGCUCGUAAUCUUCUUGAGAACCGUCAGGCGGGAUCUGACUAGGUAUGAGGAACUCGACAAAGAGGCUCAAGCCCAAAUGAACGAGGAGUUAUCCGGUUGGAAACUCGUAGUGAGUGAUGUUUUCAGGUCUCCAAGUAAUCCAGCACUUUUGUGUGUGAUGGUUGGUGACGGAGUUCAAAUCCUAGGGAUGGGUGUUGUGACUAUCAUGUUUGCUGCCCUCGGAUUUAUGUCCCCAGCUUCUCGUGGAACGUUGAUUACAGGCAUGCUAUUCUUCUAUAUGAUUCUUGGGGUUGUAGCUGGUUAUGUUGCUGUUCGUCUUUGGAGGACAAUCUUCUGUGGCAAUCACAAGGGCUGGGUUUCAGUUUCAUGGAAAGCUGCUUGUUUCUUCCCCGGAAUUGCUUUUUUCAUUCUAACCACAUUGAACUUCCUGCUAUGGGGUAGUCACAGCACAGGGGCCAUUCCAUUUUCUCUGUUUGUCGUCCUCAUUUUACUUUGGUUCUGCAUUUCAGUUCCUCUAACCCUGCUCGGUGGUUAUUUUGGGGCGAGGGCUCCUCACAUUGAAUAUCCUGUCCGAACCAACCAAAUCCCGCGUGAAAUCCCCCCACAAAAGUAUCCAUCCUGGCUCUUAGUUUUGGGUGCAGGUACCCUUCCUUUCGGUACUCUUUUCAUCGAGCUCUUCUUCAUCAUGUCGAGUCUUUGGAUGGGUCGUGUAUACUAUGUCUUUGGUUUCCUCCUCAUUGUCAUGAUCCUCCUUGUCGUCGUUUGUGCCGAGGUGUCUCUUGUUCUGACCUACAUGCAUCUUUGUGUGGAGGACUGGAAAUGGUGGUGGAAAUCUUUCUUUGCUUCUGGAUCAGUUGCUAUAUACAUUUUCCUGUACUCCGUUAACUAUCUAAUCUUCGAUCUUAAGAGUUUGAGCGGCCCUGUUUCCGCCACCCUUUACCUCGGAUAUUCCCUCUUCAUGGUCUUGGCCAUCAUGCUCGCGACAGGCACAGUCGGGUUCCUUUCCUCUUUCUGGUUUGUACAUUACUUGUUCUCUUCAGUGAAGCUGGAUUGAAGAAGUCUUUCGGGCAGAAAGAAAGAGAUAGCAUUUAAAAAACAACUAUUCAAGAAACAGAUGCAGAUGUCCAGGUCAUUCUUGUUGUUGCCAUAUUAUUGUCAUUUUGUAGGAUAUUUGGAAGAUAAAGGCAAUAAACUCCUCAAGUUUUGUUAAAUUCUUUAAUGUUGAAAAUGCCUGCAUGAUAGUCACUGUA